UCAAAUCCCGGCCACAUCUGCCCUGACCCGCCACUUCCCUGGCCAGGAGCGCGGCCGAGGAGGCUGUCCAGGGGGUGAACGACAGACCCACGCUGGGACCACCGGACCUGACGGACGGCGCCCGAUGGCCGCGCCGGGCGAGCUCUGCGCUGGGCCGGGGGUCUGGAACCAGACAGAGCCCGAACCUGCUGGUGCCAGCCUGCUGAACCUGUGCUUCCUGAGAAUAGCAGGGGUCUGGGUGCCCCCCGUGUACCUCUGGGCCCUGGGCCCCGUCUACCUCUUCUACAUCCACCGCCAUGGCAGGGGCUACAUCCAGAUGUCUCCCCUCUUCAAAGCCAAAAUGGUGCUUGGGUUCACCCUCAUAGUCCUGUGCACCUCCAGCGUGUCUGUCGCUCUCUGGAAAAUCCAGCGAGGAACGCCCGAAGCCCCGGAAUUCCUCAUCCACCCUACGGUGUGGCUCACCACAAUGAGCUUAGCUGUGUUCCUGAUUCACACCGAUAGAAAGAAGGGAGUCCAGACAUCCGGGAUGCUGUUUGGGUACUGGCUGCUCUGCUUUCUCUUGCCAGCUACCAGCGCUGCCCAGCAGGCCUCAAGAGGGGCCUUCCAGAGUGACCCCAUCCGCCACCUGUCCACCUACCUGUGCUUGUCUCUAGUGGUGGCCCAGUUUGUGCUAUCCUGUCUGGCAGAUCAACCUCCUUUCUUCCCUAAAGACUCACAACAGUCCAAUCCCUGUCCAGAGGCUGGAGCCUCUUUCCCCUCCAAGGUUACUUUCUGGUGGGUUGCUAGGCUGGUCUGGAGGGGCUACAGGAGGCCACUGGGGCCAAAAGACCUCUGGUCACUUGGGAAAGAAAACAGCUCAGAAGAACUCGUUUCCCAGUUUGAAAAGGAAUGGACCAGGAACCGCAAUGCAGCCCAGUGGCACACCAAGGCAACGGCAUUUAAAAGGAAAGAAGGUGGUGUUGUGGAGGCCCCAGAGACAGAGGCCUUCCUACAGCAGGAGAAGAGCCGGCGGGGGCCACUGCUGAGGGCCACCUGGCAGGUGUUCCGUUCUACCUUCCUCCUGGCAACGCUCAGCCUUGUCAUCGGUGAUGUCUUCAGGUUUGCUGUCCCCAAGCUGCUCAGCCUUUUUCUGGCGUUUAUUGGUGACCCCGAGCCCCCUGCCUGGAAGGGCUGCCUCCUCGCAGUGCUAAUGCUCCUCUCAGCCUGCCUGCAGACGCUGUUUGAGCAGCAGCACAUGUACAGGCUCCGGGUGCUGCAGAUGCGGCUGCGGACGGCCCUCACUGGCCUGGUGUACCGAAAGGUCCUGGCUCUGUCCAGCAAUUCCAGAAAGGCCAGCACAGUGGGCCAUGUGGUCAACCUUGUGUCGGUGGACGUGCAGAGGGUGACAGAGAGCAUCAUCUACCUCAAUGGGCUGUGGCUGCCUGUCAUCUGGAUCGUGGUCUGCUUCGUGUAUCUUUGGCAGCUCCUAGGCCCCUCCGCCCUCACUGCCAUCGCUGUCUUCAUGAGCCUGCUCCCUCUGAACUUCUUCAUCACCAAGAAGAGGAACCAUCAUCAGGAAGAGCAAAUGAGGCAGAAGGACGCGAGGGCCCGGCUCACCAGCGCCAUCCUCAGGAACAUGAGGAUCCUCAAGUCCCAUGGCUGGGAGGAAGCCUUUCUGCAGAGAGUCCUGUGCAUCCGGGGCAGGGAGCUGAGUGCUCUGAAGACCUCCGGCCUCCUCUUCUCUGUGUCGCUGGUGUCCUUCCAAGUGUCCACGUUUCUGGUCGCCCUGGUUGUGUUUGCUGUGCACACGCUGGUGGCCGAGGAGAACGCCAUGGACACAGAGAAAGCCUUUGUGACCCUCACUGUUCUCAACAUCCUCAACAAGGCCCAGGCGUUCUUGCCUUUCUCCAUCCACUCUGUCGUCCAGGCCCGAGUGUCCUUUGACCGUCUGGCUGCCUUCCUCUGCCUGGAAGAAGUUGACCCUAGUGCCGUGGAUUCGAGUCCCUCUGAGUGCUCUGCUGGGAAGGAUUGCAUCACUGUACAAGAUGGUACCUUCACCUGGUCCCAGGAAAGCCCUCCCUGCCUCCACAGGAUAAAUCUCAGCGUGCCCCAGGGCUGUCUGCUGGCUGUCGUUGGUCCUGUGGGGGCAGGGAAGUCCUCCCUGCUCUCUGCACUCCUUGGGGAGCUGUCAAAGGUAGAGGGGUCCGUGAGCAUCAAGGGUCCCGUGGCUUAUGUGCCCCAGGAAGCCUGGGUCCAGAAUACCUCUGUGGUGGAGAAUGUGUGCUUCGGGCAGGAGCUGGACCCACCGUGGCUAGACAGAGUGUUGGAGGCCUGUGCCCUGUGGCCAGAUGUGGGCAGCUUCCAUGCAGGAGUCCACACCUCGAUUGGGGAGCAGGGCAUGGCUCUUUCGGGAGGCCAGAAGCAGCGGCUGAGUCUGGCCCGGGCUGUGUACAGAAAGGCUACUGUCUACCUGCUAGAUGACCCCCUGGCAUCCCUGGAUGCCCACGUUGGCCAGUAUGUCUUCAACCACGUCAUUGGGCCCAGUGGGCUGCUCCAAGGAACAACACGGAUUCUCGUGACUCACACACUCCACAUCCUGCCCCAGGCUGAUUGGAUCGUGGUUCUGGAAGGUGGAGCAAUUGCAGAGAUGGGUUCCUACCAGGAGCUUCUGCACAGGAAGGGGGCCCUGGUGCGCCUUCUGGAUCAAGCUAGACAGCCAGGAGAUAAAGGAGAAACAGAACCGGGUAGCAGUGCUGAGGACCCUGGAGGCGUCUCUGUAGGCAGGAGGCCCAAGGCCAGACCGGAGAGGUCCAUCAAGUCCAUCCCUGAGAAGGACAGCACCUCUUCAGAAGCCCAGACAGGAAUUCCUCUAGAUGACCCUGAUGUGGCCAGAAAGCCAACAGGAGAGGACAGUACCCAGUACGGCAGGGUGAAGGCUGCCACGCACCUGACCUACCUGCGGACUAUAGGCACCCCCAUCUGCCUCUAUGCACUCUUCCUCUUCCUUUGCCAGCAAGUGGCUUCCUUCUGCCGCGGCUACUGGCUCAGCUUGUGGGCGGACGACCCCACCGUGGAUGGGCGGCAGACGCAGGCAGCCCUGCGUGGCGGGGUCUUCGGGCUCCUCGGCUGUCUCCAAGCCAUUGGGCUGUUUGCCUCCAUGGCCAUGGUGCUCCUAGGUGGGGUCCGGGCAUCCAGGCUGCUCUUCCAGAGGCUCCUGUGGGACGUGAUGCGAUCUCCCAUCAGCUUCUUUGAACGGACACCCGUUGGCAACCUACUGAACCGCUUCUCCAAGGAGACAGACAUGGUGGACGUGGACAUCCCAGACAAACUCCGGUCCUUGCUGACUUACGCCUUUGUACUCCUAGAAGUCAUUGUGGUGGUGGCGGUGGCCACCCCGCUGGCCAUCCUGGCCAUUCUGCCACUGUUGCUCCUCUAUGGUGUUUUUCAGAGCCUGUAUGUGGCCAGCUCGUGCCAGCUGAAACGCCUGGAGUCAGCUGGCUACUCAUCUGUGUGCUCCCACAUGGCGGAGACGUUCCAGGGCAGCGCAGUGGUCAGGGCGUUCCGAGCCCAGGGCCGCUUUGUGGAUGAGAACGAUGCUCGCGUGGAUGAAAGCCAGAGGGUCAGUUUCCCACGACUGGUGGCUGACAGGUGGCUCGCUGCCAAUAUGGAGCUCCUGGGGAACAGCCUAGUGUUCGUGGCUGCCAUCUGUGCCGUGCUGAGCAAGGCCCACCUCAGUGCUGGCCUCGUGGGCUUCUCUGUAUCUGCUGCCCUCCAGGUGACCCAGACGCUGCAGUGGGCUGUUCGUAGCUGGACAGACCUGGAGGGCAGCAUCGUGUCAGUGGAGCGGAUGAAGGACUAUGCACGGACGCCCAAGGAGGCCCCCUGGAGGCUGCCCACCUGUGCAGCUCAGCCCUUCUGGCCUCAGGAUGGGGAGAUCGAGUUCCAGGGCUUUGGGCUCAGAUACGGACCUGAGCUCCCGCUGGCCAUACAGGACGUGUCCUUCAAGAUCCACGCAGGAGAGAAGGUGGGCAUUGUUGGCAGGACCGGGGCUGGGAAGUCCUCCCUGGCCGGGGGUCUACUGCGGCUCCAGGAGGCCACUGAAGGGCAAGUCUGGAUUGAUGGGGUCCUCAUUGCCAACGUGGGGCUGCACACGCUCCGGUCCAGAAUCACCGUCAUCCCCCAGGACCCCAUCCUGUUCCCCGGCUCUCUGCGGAUGAACCUGGACCUGUUACAGGAGCACACGGAUGAAGCCAUCUGGGAGGCCCUGGAAACCGUGCAGCUCAAAGCCGUGGUGGCCAGCCUGCCUGGCCAGUUGCAGUACACGUGCACCGAGCAAGGCGAGGACCUAAGCGUGGGUCAGAAGCAGCUCCUGUGUCUGGCACGUGCCCUUCUCCGGAAAACCCAGAUCCUCAUCCUGGACGAAGCCACAGCGGCCGUGGACCCGGGCACCGAGCUGCAGAUGCAGGCCUCCCUCGGGCGCUGCUUUGCCCAGUGCACUGUGCUGCUCAUCGCCCACCGCCUGAGCUCCGUGAUGGACUGCAUGCGGAUACUGGUCAUGGACAAGGGGCAGGUGGCAGAGAGUGGCAGCCCGGCCCAGCUGCUGGCCCAGAAGGGCCUGUUCUAUAGGCUGGCCCAGGAGUCAGGCCUGGCCUGAGCCAGGCCCCUCCACCGACCCCCACUGCCCGGACAGCCUGCAGCACCCUGGAGAUGCAAGUGACCCGGACGGCUUGGGAGGCUCCACACGAUGUUGAGUCUACACCCCUCUUUACUCCCUGGGAGGAAAAUGGCAGAGAAAGUGGCUGGUUAUCACAGAGCAUCAGACCCCAAAACACAGGGCCCACCCAGCCCUGUCCACCUUGGAGCCAGUGUCACAGCAGCCCUCAGCCCUGCCUGCCCCUGGACUCCCAGGCUCCCCUCCCACCCAUUAAGUUAGGAUGCCUAGGGCUAGGGACAGCCACCGCAUGUGUGCUUUUUAUAGUUUCACAUUUCAUUUUGGGCUAAUUUUAAAGAACAAAUAAUUCGGGGAGACCUUUAGCCCCUUAGCCCAUUUCUCCCAAAGGUAACAUCUUGUAAAACUCUAGUCAGUAUCACCACCAGGAAAGAUAUGGACAUUGACACAAUUUGUAAUACCAGUCGUGUUCAGAUUUCCCACCUGAGUUCAUUUGUGUGUGCUUAAUUCUAUAUAGUUCUAUCACACAUUUGUGUAUCCACCACAGUGAGGGCACACGGUGGUCCCCAGUGGGUCCCCCCAGCACCUGCUGAUCAGGUGUCUGCCAUGGCGUUAAAGCUCCCCUGUCUGAUUUCAGGGUGGAGGGGGAGUGGGAGAAUUGGGGCACAGGGACUGAGAACUACUGCCUGCACCCACCCCUUAUCCCCCACCCCCAAGGGCUCCAAGGAGACACACAGCCAGGUGCCCACACCAAGCAUGGUGCAAUCUGGGCAUCGGCAAGUAUCACGUGAGUGUUCCGUUCCCAACACUGGGAGGAGCCAGGACUCUGUGGCCCCUGGGACUUGGCACAUGUCAUGCAGCUUCCUGGGGAGCCCCAGCAGCCAGUGUUUCUGUUCACACUUCUGCUGCAGGUGCCGUGCGGUCGGGACAGACCCGGCUGAAGUGGGGGAAUUCCUUCUUCGUGCCUGUUUGUGACAAUAGUCAGAAAGCCAACACUGGACUCACAUAGCCAGCUGUAGGAACCAGAGAGAGGAACAAAGAGCCUAAGAGAGCCACACCUAAGGUCACUCAGACCGCUGUGUGAGACAGGGCAGUGUGAGACAUCAGCUUUCUCACCCUUAACACUGUUGUCAUGUGGGGCCGGAUAACUCCUUGCUGUGGGGGCCUGUCCUUUGCGUGGCUGGACGCUCAGCACCAUCCCUGGCCUCUAGCCACUGGGUGCUAGUAGCAGACUCCACAGACCUUGUAGUUGUGACCGCGGAGAUCAAAGCACCUGGUUCACAAUCACUGGUCGGGCGGUGCCUGUGGCUCAACGGGGUAGGGCGCUGCCCCAUAUGCUGGAGGUGGUGGGUUCAAACCCAGCCCCAGCCAAAAAAAAAAACCGCAAAAAAAAAAAAAGAGAAUCACUGGUCAACCGGCCCCACUGCCAUGGAUAACCUAGGGCAGCAGUUGUGCUGGUGCGGGGGUCAGGGAAUGGAUACCCACCUGCUAUCCAGAACGCAGGGCCUGCUGUGCCCCAGCCAGGUCAGGGGGACUUUGAUAGCCCAUCCUGACAGAGGGAUGUGUGAUCCCCUCUUGGGCCCAGGGUAAUCUAACUCUAAUCACAGCUUCCAUCUCCUUUGGCCAAAAUACGGCCAGCAGCUCACAUGGGUACCUUUGAAGUGAGCCCUCACUGCCCCCAACGGUGCUCCAAAGCCUGGGCCCAAGGUGCUUACCUCUUAUUGGCCCCAUUCUACAGGGGAGGAAACCGAGGCUCAGAGAGUUGACAUGACUUGCCAAAGUCACCUGCUAGUAAGUGGCAGAGUGGGGACCUACUCCUGGGUUUAUCUAAUGCCACAGCGUUGUCCAUCCUUUAGAGAAAGAGAAGGAUGUCUCUGCCCCCAGUCUCCUCUGCAGAGAGAUCACAAGCAGAGGCUGCCGGGCUUGACAAACUCAGCUGGGGUUGCUCCCGGGCCACCAGAGCCUCUUUCUUUCUUUUGUUUUUUUUUGAGACAGCCUCAAGCUGUCACCCUGGGUAGACUGCGGGCAUCACAGCUCACAGCAACCUCCAACUCCUGGGCUCAAGCGAUUCUCCUGUCUCCACCUCACAAGUAGCUGGGACUACAGGCGCCCACAACGCCUGGGUAUUUUUUGGUUGCAGCCAUCAUUGUUGUUUGGCGGGCAGGGCUGGAUUCGAACCUGCCAGCUCAAGUGUAUGUGGCUGGUGCCUUAGCUGCUUGAGCCACAGGCGCCAAGCCAGAGCCUCUUUCAUAGACCAGCAUUGGCCAGAGAGCAGAGAAUGGGCCACGGGUGGCCAGCACAUGGGAGCUAGUGCCCAAGAUACCUGCUAACAAGAUUGCUGUUGGACCCACAUCACAGUGGCCUGGAUGCCAGCCAGCAAGGCCCAGCAGGCAGGAGGAACACAGGUGAGACCCAGCAAAACUGUAGACACUUUCCUCAGCCAGUGCUGCUCCAGUGGGCCCUUUAUCCUCACCACUGUCACCGUGUCACUGCAAACACAUAACUGUAUGCCCCAGAUGCUGCUCUACACACCUACAACAGGUCAUCUGGUUGACUCUCACAACCAGAGGAGAAAGGCACCAUCAACUGGGCCACUUUAAUGAAGAGGAGGCUACCAUCAGGCCACCUUCAUGGAUGUCCUAUGAUUAGGCCAUUCAGCCCCCCCGGACAGAUGAGAAAACCGAUCACGUAACCAGGUGUCUUCCCCGCCUAGGUCAUUGGGUUUCAGAGCCCUUGACCUUAUCAUCAGGCCACGUGGCCUCUUCUUGAGCUCUAGGCUGUCAGCUCACUGCGAAAAACUGACUCCUGCUCUAGAAUCCCACCAUGAGGACGAAAGUAGGGAGGGGCUCCCUUUCUUCCCUGAGCUGAGGGAGCCUGACAUGGUGCACAGCUCAGAGACUCAGUCAGUGUGGAUUAUGUGACGGAGAAGGGGAGGGACAGAUGAAUGACCACCACGUAUGAAGGAGUCCUCAGGGCCAGGCCUGGUGCUGGGUGCCUUUCCUGACCUACUUUUGUCCUCACAACCACCUGGCAGGAGGAUGAAAUAGCCCUGGCUGAACUGACAGGAAACCACAGCUCUGGGAAGGCCAGUUCCACCAGGAGGCCCCUGUGAUUCCACCCUUAGCACGGGCUCUGUCCCCAGCAAGGCAGCCAGUCGCCAGUGCGUGCUGUGUGCCUGUGCUCUCACGGCAGGACCUCAGCACUCAUGGAGCUGCCAGCCAUUCCGAAACAGGGAAGAGGACCUUUGAAAAGCAGCAUGAAGACCAUGGGGGCCAGAGAUGGCAGGAAGCCAGGUGGUGCAGAACUUGCCCUGGUAGCAGUACUGGCUGCUACUCUGCGGCAGGGACAUGGGGGAUGUGAUUUGAGAGCUGUGAGGGAGGGACACAGGGGAUGUGAGGCAAGAGCUGUGUGUUUUGAAGGGAUCCCUAUGGCUGCCAAGUCGAGAACAGACUGAGGGUGGCUGGGGGCUGGCUAGGGGCAGGGGCACCCAGCUGCCCCACCCAGCACACACCAGGUGGAGCUCUCAGAGACUCGCUCAGGACCUGACCCAGGAUUCUAAUCCUCAGAGUCAGGCUCUGAGACAGAAAUAAACAUCUCACAUCUAAUAUGAAGCCGCCUUGGCUGGCAGAUCCACAUACUAAUUCCAAGUCAUGGCCUCACUGGCUUUUAACUGAGCUUCAUUGUACUAUAGUCUCUGACUUCUACCAGGGACAGCAGCACUUGAGAGACAGCUUCCAGCACUCAAUGUUCCCCCGUUUGUGUACCUGGUGCAUGGUUUUAGGGUUUGGCUGAAAUGGUGGCUCCCCAAACACAGGCAUUCCUCACUACCCUGACUCACCCAAUUCAAAGCCAGAAAUCAAACACGUUAGUCUCACUAUCCCACUAUCUAAAACUUAGAGAGCCCACCAAUUCGGACAGGGAGAAAGACUUCCCUUUCACACGCUGCCCUGCACCCCCAGCGUCCUCUGUGGUUUGGCUGAGGCCACGUGACUCCUUUUGGCCCAUGGACCUCACUUCCUGUCUGAGUGGCCCAUUAUCCUGCCCCCACUGUGGGGGACCUGCAAGCCAGCCGCCGUUGGGAGAUCAGUAUAGUCCAGAUCGGUGGCCCUGUGGAAAGCAGCUGCCCUAGAGAGGCGCCUGACCCUCACCAAGAACUGCAUGAGUGAGAAAUAAACCCAUGUUCAUCUCCCAAGACUUUAAAAGGCCAACUGGUUAAUGAAGCACAGCCUCACCUAUCUUGAUGCAAAGGGACUUUCAAGAGUCAUUCUGGGCACAAGUGAUUGGUGACUCACCUUUGUCCUAGAACUGGACCUAGGCUACAUGUACCACACACAUCACAGCUCAAUUUUGUAAUAACCCAGGGGCUAGGAUCAGCCUGGUUUUACAACCAGAGUAACUGAGGCACCAAGGCUACAUGACAAGGGUCGCAUGGCCAGCAAAGGGCAAGAACAGGACUCAAACAUGGGUCUAUCUGACCCUGAGGCCCUGGCUGUGUCCACCUUGCCAGUGUGCUGUCUCCCCACUAAGCCCCACCUGACCCUUGACCUUUACACUCCCGGUUACUGGCAAUGG